CAGACUGCAGAGGUAUUUAAAUAUAGUUAUUUGUUGAAAACGUGUUUUGGUGAUUUGUUGUGCAAAAUGUCGCUUUGGGUUGACAAGUAUCGUCCCACUAGUCUUGCGAAAUUAGAUUAUCAUACAGAGCAAGCAGAUCGAUUGAAAAAUAUGGUUCAGCAGGGCGAUUUUCCACAUCUGUUGGUUUAUGGACCACCAGGAGCUGGUAAAAAAACGAGGAUCAUGUGCAUUCUCAAGGAACUUUAUGGCAAUGGCGUUGAAAGGUUGAGAAUGGAGCCCAUGCAGUUUGAGACUCCGUCAAAGAAGAAACUUGAAAUCAUGACUGUCAGUAGCAAUUAUCACAUUGAAGUAAAUCCUAAUGAUGUUGGUAUUUAUGACAGAGUAGUUAUAAUGGAUCUUGUAAAAACUACAGCUCAAACUCACCAAAUCGACCCAAAUGGUCAAAGAGAGUUCAAAGUGGUGCUAUUGACAAAUGUUGAUCAUUUGACAAAAGAUGCGCAGCAUGCACUUCGUCGUACAAUGGAAAAGUAUGUUGCUACUUGUAGGUUGAUACUCUGUUCAAAUUCUACUUCAAGAGUAUUGCCUGCCAUAAGAUCAAGGUGUUUGGGCAUUAGAGUUCCAGCUCCCACCAUCAACGAAAUUACAAAUAUCCUACAUUCUGUGUCUAAAAAGGAGGGUCUUACUUUACCUGAUGAACUUGCAGGGAAGAUUGCAGAAUCGAGUGGCAGAAAUUUGCGAAGAGCUAUUUUAAUGUUAGAAGCUUGCAAAGUGGAACAGUAUCCAUUUACGGUAGAUCAGAAAAUUACUGAACCAGAUUGGCAAGUUUACAUAAAAAAUAUAGCAAAGCUCAUGGUUACUGAGCAAUCACCGAGAAAGUUAUUGGAAAUUAGAAAUAAAUUUUACGAGCUCUUGACCCAUGCCAUUCCAACAGAUUUGAUAUUCAAAGUACUGUUACAAGAAGUCACAAAGAAAUGCGACCUGCAGCUAAAAAUUCAAAUAGCAACCGUUGCAGCAGAGUAUGAACAUAGAAUGCAUCAAGGAUCAAAAGUUAUAUUUCAUUUGGAAGCAUUCGCAGCAAGGUUUAUGGCUAUAUACAAGAAAUUUAUGGAUGCAUCUUUGGCUGGAUUUGUUUGAAAAUUUGAUGAAAAUGUUUCGCAAUUGCAAACUUUUUCUAGUAUUAAAUUAUUGUAUUUUUAUUGUUACAUAAGUUUUCAUAAUAUAUGUUCUUUUAUACAAUAUAGAAUAUACACUUGGAUAAUUUAUAAUUUAAAUUCAACAGCAUUAUUUUUAUACACCAACUCAAUGUUCAUGUAUAAUCAAAAAGAGAUUUCUUUAAAUUUUGAAGCCAAU